AUGAAAAGUUUCGAAUUAUUUUUGAUUUUAGCCUUUAUCGGUAGUUUUUUAAUUCAGUGUGAAGGACGCGGAGGUGGAGGAGGUGGCGGUGGCCAUGGCGGAGGUGGUGCCGGCCAUGGAGGAGGAUUUGGCGGUGGCCAUGGAGGAGGAUUCGGAGGCGGCAGAGGUGGUUUCGGUGGAGGCGGCAGAGGUGGUUUCGGCGGCGGUGGAAGAGGUCCUCCUGGUCAUGGUUUCGGAGGCGGUGGCUAUCGCGGAGGCUUUGGCUAUGGUGGCUACCGAGGAGGACUUGGCUAUGGCGGCUAUCGAGGAGGUCUGGGCUUUGGUGGCAUACUACCCGUUCCCUUGCCUGUGCCCAUACCAUAUUCUUAUAAUCGUUGCCGUCGUCCAUAUCCUUAUGGAUACUCUUCCUACUAUUACGAUGACUAUGAUUAUUAUUAUUGUUGA